AUGUAUUUUUGUUCAUUUGAAGGAGAAUUUGUGACCAUAAGGCCAUUUUGCGUUGGAUUUGGAAAAGACAUUAUUACAAAAUCAUACAAGGUGAUUUUGAUGUACUCAGAAAAAAAUCAUCCUCAUGGAUAUUUUGAUGGUUUCAAUAUCAAAGCUAUAUCUCUUGAUAAUGGAAAGCAACGAGACGCCGGUUGGUACGUUUUAGAUGAGCACGAAAUUUGCAAUGAACAAACACCGGUUUACGCAAACGGAUCACUCUUUUGGUGGACAACAUUUACUUCUUGGAAAUAUCGAAUAUUUUCAGAAUUACCUUCACAGAUAUUAGCUUGUGAUCUACACACACAAAAUUUUCGAUGGGUAUCAAUACCGGAAUGUUACACCCGUUACACUCGUGGAGUGCAAAUGUGGAGCCUAAAUGAGCGUUUGUGCUUAUCAGAUGUGCUACACAGACAAUGUUCAGAAUUAGACGUUUGGAGUUUACAAGAUUCUACUCAAAAAUGGGAGCAUUUGUUUUCUUUUAAUAUUCUUAAUAUCGAUCGAUUAGAUGCAAAAUGUUGGAUGCUUGGUCUAAGGGCUGCUCACUUUCGAAGGAUUGGAGAGGACCAAAAUCAAGUUUCGUUUGAUAGUAUAAGAACGGUGAUUUGGUAUUCGCCGACUAUGAUUUCUCCAUCAAAUUUGUUGGUUUGA